UCUCAGUGGAGGAGUGACUUCUCAGUUGUGCACUCUCAGCUUGUGGUGGAAACACAUCACACAACUAGCGUAUAUAUUUUCUCAGUCGCAUUUAUUUAUCUGCUGGGGCUCGACUGCUUGAGGACAGGGCUUUUUUGUGAGGACUGCAGCAGCCGCUCGGAGGAAAAUAAUAUUUCUACACCACUACGCAGAAGAAGACGAUUGGCUGAGGGUCCCCUGACAGAUUGGAACCUCCUGAUGUUUGCUCAAGCUGACAAUCAAGAGAUGUCGCCCUGAGUGCUGUUUUGUCGGGCACAGCUUUUCUUAAGGCAAGAUGUCAACCACAACAGAAAAUGGGAUGGGAGGGCCUCGGAGCACAGGCAGAGAGAAAACAUACAAAAAGACCACAUCAUCAGCCUUGAAGGGGGCCAUUCAGCUCGGUAUUGGCUAUACAGUGGGCAACCUCACGUCCAAGCCUGACAGAGACGUGCUUAUGCAAGACUUCUAUGUGGUGGAGAGCGUCUUUCUGCCCAGUGAGGGAAGCAACUUGACCCCAGCACAUCACUAUCCAGACUUUCGAUUCAAGACCUACGCCCCGCUUGCCUUCCGCUACUUCAGGGAUCUGUUCGGCAUCAAACCAGAUGACUACCUGUAUUCCCUCGUAAAUGAGCCUCUGAUCGAGCUGACCAACCCGGGGGCCAGCGGCUCUCUCUUCUACCUAACCAGCGAUGACGAGUUCAUCAUUAAAACCGUCCAGCACAAAGAGGCCAAGUUUCUCCAGAGAUUACUACCUGGAUACUAUAUGAACCUGAACCAGAAUCCACGCACGCUGCUGCCCAAGUUCUACGGACUGUACUGCAUCCAGUCCGGAGGAAUCAACAUCCGACUGGUGGUGAUGAACAAUGUGCUGCCUCGCUCCGUCAAAAUGCACUACAAAUACGACCUGAAGGGAUCCACGUACAAGAGACGAGCGUCCAGGAAAGAGAGAGAGAAGUCCUGCCCGACAUACAAGGACCUGGACUUCCAGGACAUGCAUGAAGAAGGACUUCACUUUGACGCAGAGACGUACAACAACCUAAUGAAGACCCUGCAGAGAGACUGUCGGGUGCUGGAGAGUUUUAAGAUCAUGGACUACAGCCUGCUGCUGGGUGUGCACGUCCUGGACCAGAGCCAGAGAGAGGGGGGUGAGCCGGGCCAGGCAGGGGGCGACGCGAGGAGACCUGUGGGUCAGAGGGUGCUUUACUCCACCGCGUUGGAGUCCAUCCAGGGCGACGGCAAGGCUGCAGAAGCCCUCACCACAGACGACACGAUGGGUGGUAUCCCUGCCAAAACACACAAAGAAGAAAAGCUGCUCAUCUUCCUGGGUAUCAUUGAUAUUCUGCAGUCAUACAGGUUCAUUAAAAAGUUGGAACACUCGUGGAAGGCCCUGGUGUACGAUGGCGACUCUGUCUCGGUGCACCGUCCCGGGUUCUAUGCCAGCCGCUUCCUCAAGUUCAUGAGCACACGGGUCUUCAGGAAGACUCAGCCACUUCGAUUCUCGCCUUCAAAGCGGACUCGCACGUCCAUCCCGGCUCUGAAGUCGUCCUCACAGGAGAUCCUUUCAUCGCAGGCAGAUGAGAGGAACGAGGAGGACAGGAGGGACAGGCUGGGAGGAGCUUGCAGCCUGGCCAGCCUGGACGGACAAGCUGUGUUCGGCUCGUACCUGCGCCCCGAUCUGGUCCCUGCCAACCCGUCCUUCUACGAGGGCUCCUCCAUGGGAACCAUCUCCACCUCUUCCAUCUUUGUCAAUGUGGACAACCAAACAGAGGAGAGGGCUGACGUUGCAUCCAGCUCCACAUUUACCCUGGAGGACAGCGCUAUCUGCCUCACCUCAGAGCAGAGCACCAUGGACGUGGACAUAGACCGCGAUGACGGAUCUGUUCUCGAUGUCUACUUGUGAAAAGAGCAGCUUUACAACCUUCAUUUCCUCCUGCCAAUCAUAAGACAAUCGCCGCACUCCAUUGGACCGGCCAGGCUGGCCUUUGACUCCACUUCCAGUGCUGCUAGAUCCAUGUUGCCACUCGUAUUGCCAACACAUAAAAAGACUGAGAUUCUCCACCGGUUGAUGGACUAAAAGAAGACACAAACAGAGACACAGCGAUGGACACCUGCAGGAAACGUGUGACAUAUCAUGUAAUGUGAUGAGGCUGAACUGAGUGUCGCUUUUUUAGAGCAUGCGUCAACGCAGUGCCAUUAAGUUUUUUUAUAUGUAUACUGUUUUCAUGGCCCAUACAAAGAUCUAAAUAUUUACUAUAUACACAUAUGGAGAGGGUAGAUACAUUUCUUUUUUUUCUGAUGAAGAAAUUAAAGAGCCUUUCAAGGUUUGCAGCUGCAUAAGUUGCUGAUCAGAAGAGAAAUGUUUACAGUGAAUUUAUGGCAGCAUCUUCGUUGCAGAUGAACUGGGAUGUGGUGGACACAAGCCAGCUUGUAGCCACAGCCGACACGGAUUAGAAAAGACACAUGAACAGACAUGAUGGAUUCUGAAGCUCCAGAGGCUAAACACAGACUGUGACGUGGUUAAAGAGGCCACUUUAUCCUCACGGGGCUGUUAUUACCUGAAGUCCUGACAAGGGCUGCUGUACAGUGAAGCGAGACAGUUACUGGAUCUUGGAUGAAGCACAGAGCGGAGGGACGAUGCGCUCGCUCUUGAUCAAAAGGCACUUUUGACAUUGGUUAUGAUUACUGUAAGAAACAUUUUUCUCUGAAGAUGUUGCUUAGGUGGGUGGGCUGCCUGACAUAAGCACAGAUUUGGAUAUGUGAAUAUGCACUUUUUAUUUUUUUCCUUUUUCUUUUUACUCUACAAAUGCACACCUCUGUAAGUCCUCGAUACUCCGUGUACAGAGACAGUGAAGGAACAUUGUAGAUCAUUUCUGAUGUGGAGCUAAUAGUUUUGUGACUGAAGAUGCUUUUACUCAGGAUAUCCUUUGAUACUGAAUAAGUGUGUCCUCUUCGAGAAGUUAUGAGACAUGCAUCCUUCACUUAGAAGCUGUCCGAUACCUCUUCAUCAAGACCAUAUCCAACUAUAAAUGUUGAAUUUCACCAUCACGCGUUGGUUGAGACCAUAAUUUAUUAUGUAAAUCUCAAUAUUUUACCAUUUGCUGAAAAAUACUUUAAUCGCUGAAUGUAAAGACAAUGCAUAUUUAUAUUUAGAGAGACUAUAAAUAAACUGCUAAAAUU